AUGAGUAGGGAGACACGACUCCAUAAAUCCGAGAACAUGUUCGGGUUUGAAGUCAUUGUGGAGACUGAGAUGACAGCCUUCUUGAUUCCCAAGACCACGAGAUGGUUAAUUGUUGCUCGCAAGGUUAGCACUAUGGCCAUCAAGGAGGAGAUUGUUGACUGGUACCUCUCUGUAGAAGAGGAAGGAGAUCUCUCCGUAAAGGAGGAAAGGGUUCUCUCUGUGAAGGCUGAAGGUUUCUCCAUAAAGGAGGAUAGGGGUCUCUCCGUUGAUGAGGAAAGGGUUCUCUCCGUGAAGGAGGAAGGUUUCUCCAUACAGGAGUAA